GCUUGGUGUAUUUUUGGUAUUAUAAACAUAAACAUGGGAUGGGACAGAGGGUGUUGCUGUUGUGGACACAGACAAACACUUGGGUCUUUCUUCAACUCCACACCCCUAAUCCAACACCAGCACCCAUCCCUUCUUCAUUCUCACCUUCUGCAAUUCCCACAACCUAAAAACAAAAAGAUCUUCUCUUUUUCAUUUUUCGGGAACACCCUUUUAUUUAUUUUUUCUUUUCUUCUUCUUGUUGUUGGGUGAUUGUUGUUGUUAUCAUUUGAUCUGAAGGUUGAAUUUUGAGAGGGUUAUUGAUAUGAUUUAUCUUUUGGACUCUUCUGUUACCAGCCUUCAUUGGCACUGAUUUUGCUACCUACCAUGAAUUGUUUGGGAUUCAUCUGCUGCCAGUAUGGAGGUCGAGAGAUCUGUUCUUGUUGCAGUUCUUGGAUGUAUAUCAUCAUGUCCUGGACUUUCUCUGUGUGCCCUGCAAAGGAAAUGAUGAUUGCAAUGUCUCAAAUGCAGAUGCCGCUGAUGGAUACAUGACAGUUGGAACUUGGAAAUUCUUAUAGGUUUAGAAUUAGUUGAUCAGGAUUGAUAACAUUUCAAAUUUUCAAUUGUAAUUGUAGUUGCUGAUAGGUAGAUUGAAUGGUCUGAAUAGUGUAAAACUGGUAAGGGUUGGAGGCUAGGGUUGCAGUUGUUAGUUGAUGGCUGUGUGUCUUAGCAUUAUCAUCUGGUAAGGAAAAAUAGUGAAAUGAACAUUUAAGACCUUGCCGAGGGACCACAUUGGUAAUUUCAAGCUAGUUUUUCAUCUCCUUAGGUUGAUCAAGAUCCACAUUGCUGAAUUGAAUAUUAGUGAUGGGCUUGCCACAGAUUCCCCCAAAUGAAACUGCUGAAAAAGUUGCACUUGUGGGUGCAGCUUUAACUAGCUCACCGCAGUUUUCUGAUGCAAGUCCCUCUGCCAUAGGCAGCAUGAACAGUGUAAACACUGGUGGGUUGGCCGGGUGUACUCUGGGAUCUUCGUUUGAUGAUUUCCCGAAGAAUGCCUCCUUAGAAAUUUCAAAUGUUUCUGACAGUACAUUUUAUAGAGGAGCCAUGGAAGUCACUUCCAAUGUCCACAGUUUGAAGAUUGGUUCAGCAGAUAGAAGUACUCCUUUUGCUCCAAAAAGUGGACGGAAUGUUCAUAUUCCUGCUUCAAGGGUUGUUGGUUUUGAAUCGGGCCGAACUAAUACUUCAACUGAUGGUUUGACUGAUGUUUCAGCUGUAAAUCUUCAUUCUUCUGUUUUUACUAAUUUCCCUGCCAAUGACACUGAAUCUGCCAGUUCAUUAGUCAGGAAGCGACUUUUAUCUCCACUGAGCAGUAUGCUCUCCCCAAGUCAUUUCAAAGGUGAUCCUCUUGACAUUGGCUGCAGAAGUAAUGAGACCGAAUCCCUUGUUAAGAAUGAUAACUUUAGAAAUUCCAUCGCACAGGAUAAUAAGAAGGCAAAUAUUGGAAGUAAAAGCAGUUAUACAGUGUCUUCUUGGUCCUUGACAAGUUGCUUGGAACAAAGAACCGUGCCACACAGUACUGAAUCCUUUUUUCAAAGUGAUGGUCCUUUGAAGGAAAAUAGAGGACUUCUGUCUCAGGGUAGUUUACCCACUGCUGGAAUUGAUCAUUUUAGUGAAUUGAGUCAGGUUAGGCCUCAAAGUGGCAUAAUAUCCAUAUCUCCUAAAACUGUGAGCUCUCCUCUGUCCUUGUCACCUCUUGGUCGUAAAUUCUCUGAAAGAAUAAAAACUGCUGGAGGAUGUAGGAAUGUUGUUGAAGAGAUAAAUAAUUGGAAUAUAACUUCAAGGAGUAUAGAACAAUCACUUGAUAAUUCCAAUUCACGCCUCAUGUCAAAUUGUAAGGAUGACAAUUCCAGAGUUGCACGCAAAUCUUUUGAUGAAGUUGAAUUCUUAUGCAAAGAUUUCUGUCCAUCUUCUCUGGAUGAUAUUGCCGAGAUGAGUUGGCCACUAUGUCAAGAAUCAGCUCCCACUUCUCACUCCAUGAGAUUCACUAGAAGUUUGAGUGGGCUUUCGGUCAGGAGGUCUUUAGUUGGUUCAUUUGAGGAGUCUCUUUUAUCUGGCCGGUUCUUAUCUGGAAACAAUAGCAAGAAAAUCGAUGGUUUUCUUGCUGUGCUAAGCAUUACUGGUGGGAACUUUUCUCCUAAAUCUCAGAAGCUUCCAUUCUCUGUUACUAGCGUGGAUGGAGAUUGCUAUCUACUGUAUUAUGCAUCAAUAGAUCUUGCUGGAAAUUCCUCUUCAAACAAGUUAAGAGGCCAAUUGCUGAAACGAGGGUUUGGAAAAGAUGAUUCCCAAAUUGUAAAAAGCCGUCUGCGUAUACCAAUGAAGGGACGGAUUCAACUGGUGCUAAGCAAUCCAGAAAAGACUCCUCUUCACACUUUCUUUUGCAACUAUGAUUUGAGUGACAUGCCGUUUGGUACCAAAACAUUCUUGCGCCAGAAAGUCACUCUUGAAUCGACUGGCUCUACUUCCCCUCAGUUGAAACAGAGAUCAACAGGUUUAAACAGUGGUGACAAAGGGAUUCCAUCAAUGCAAAAGAAUCAUGACAUCUCAUGUGAUGGAGAAGUAAUGCAUACAGAUGCAACUAAUGUUGUUAAUAAAACAAAAUCUACAAAUCAGGGAAAUGGAAAGGGUUCUAGCUUGUUGAAUUUAAUAAACAAAGAGGAUUCUUCGAAGCAAUCUUUGAAAACAAAAAUGCUGGGAGUCCCUUCCUCGGUGAAGCUUGAUUAUGAAUGUAUUACUGAAAAAUGUGAGAGGAAUGAAAGAAAAGAGUGUUGGGAUAAAACAUGUGAUGAAUCAGGGAAACCACUAAAUUCGUGUUCAAAGGUGAAGGACAAUUCUAGUAGUGGUGGUCCUCUUCGUUAUGCUCUCCACCUACGCUUUAUUUGCCCUUUUCCAAAGAAGACCAACAGAUCAACUCAAAAAAGCAAAAAUAAUUCUCUUCAAGAAAAUUCUGGAUUGGACAUGGAAGGGGAACGAAGAUUCUACUUAUGUAAUGAUUUGAGGGUUGUGUUCCCUCAACGUCAUUCAGAUGCCGAUGAGGGCAAGUUGAAUGUGGAAUACCAUUUCCCUGAAGAUCCAAGAUACUUUGACAUCAACUGAAAAUUCUAGUUUUCCUCCUAAAAAAAAAGCAUGCUGCUUUUGCUGACCCUCUUGUACAUAAUCACAAGUUUGUCUUCACGAGUCAUGUCCUCUGGAAAAAUAGCACUAACCCUUUCCUCAUGUAAAUACUUAAACAAUUUCAAUAAUUUAAUGGGUUACUAUUUUCAA